AGUUUUGUUGCUAUAAAAAGUGAAACAAGCAAAACAGAGGAGGAGAUAAGAGCAGCUUCAGCCGUGAAGAAAAACCUCAUUCUUCUGAGAAUCUCUUGAGCUUACAUGGAAACCCAGCAUUCAACCAUGAAGUUUCAAGUCCUGUUUCUUCUCUUGCUGCUGGCUUGUAUGUAUCCCAGUGUGGCACAAGGUUCCUAUGAAAACUGCUGUUUGACGUAUGCCCAUGUAAAGAAGACCAUCAGGAGGCAUGUCAUGAGUUACAGAGUGCAAGAAACAGAUGGAGGAUGUAACAUUCCUGCUGUUGCCUUGAAGCUGAAGAAUUUCAGGGUGAUCUGUGCUGAUCCAAGAAUAACAUGGAUACAACAAAUGAUACAGAAAAUGAGUGCGAAAAGCACUGGCAAUAUGUAGUGUACGGGUUUCAGAGGCAGCUUUGAUCACGCCACCGCAGACCAAA